UUGAAGUAAUUGGCUGCCUCACAGAUCCAGCUUUUUGCCAAGCAAAGUAUACAGCAGAGGUGUUGAGGCUGACAUUUCCUUUCCAGAUGGCUGAGCCAGUGAUCCGGCCACUUUUGGAAUUUGCAUGGGAUAUCUACUUGGCUGAGAUGAAGAAGGAGAGAGGAAAUGAUGUCUGGGGCUUCAGUUCUUGCGUUGUGUGCUUCCUCAAUGGCCAGCUUCUUGGUGAUGAAAAAGAUUUCCUGGAGUGGGCGAGCACUGAGUUCAGUUACACAGAUUGCAGACCUAAACCACUGUAUGAAGCAAUAGCCAGUGAUUUUUAUUCAAAGUACCUGAAGGACACCAAGCACACGUUUGUUUACAUGGAGAUUUCCAUUGAUCAGCAACCUAUAGGGAGAUUAUUAUUUGAGCUUUUUACAGAUACUUGUCCGAAAACUUGCGAGAACUUUGAGGCAUUGUGCACAGCAGAGGCAGGGUCUUCGUCUACAGGCAUACAACUGUGCUAUAAAGGAACUGUAUUUCACAGACUAGUGAGGAAUGGUUGGAUUCAAGGAGGAGAUGUUCUAUCAAAUAGAGGAGACGGUGGAGCAUCUAUUUACGGAGAAACAUUUAACGAUGAGAACUUUGCAAUCUCACACUGCAAAAGAGGAGUCCUAGGAAUGGCUAACAAGGGACCACAUACUAAUGGAAGUCAGUUCUACAUCACACUUCAACCAGCACUUUGGAUGAAUACCAGAUUUGUAUCGUUUGGACACCUGAUAGCAGGUACAGAAGUUCUUAAUAAACUCGAAGUGGUUCCCACGUAUAAUGAGAGACCAGCUGUGGAAUGUAAAAUUACAGAUUGUGGCUACUAUUCUCCGUAAAAAUUAUUACUCUUUCAGUUUGCUUAAAAUAACAUCCCAUUCAAGUUU